CAUUUAGAGCAGUAGGUUUUCCAAGUGCGCAUUCUGUUAACAUCGAAAGAAGAGUCUAAUUGAGAAGAGUAGUGAGAAUGGAGCUGGAACUUAAAGGAUGAAACAGACGAACUGUUACGAAUGAUCGGAGAGAGAUUGUUCCAAGGAAUACAAGGAUGAAAACUACUACGUAUAAUGAAAAGAAUUAAUAUUAUUUUUUGCAUGUUGAUCACCAUCUGCUGCGCGAUACUGCUUAGUGAAACACAGUUAUUAGUAAUUAAUUAUAGACUUUUUGUGUUAUUAAUAACCAAGAACAAGGCUUGACAGUUUUUAUUAAAAACGUUUCAAAGUUUUCGCCAUCAUCAGGUUAAAAGACUGCAAUAUAUAUUGGUUAUUAAUAACACAAAAAAGUCUAUUGAGGCAAAAAAUUUAGUAAUUAGCUAUUAAAUGGUAAUGAUUUAUACAUUGAAGUUUAACUUUUAUAUUUUAAAAUUAGUAAUAAGAGAGAUCUGAAAAUUUUAAUAAACGCAAAACUGAAAAACACAGAAACGUAUUCAUUUUAAGACUCCCGUACUCGAGUAAGGAGUGUCUGCAAACAUUGUCCAGCGGGUUUACCCAUAACUGUGGCGACCAUCUAGCGCAAUCUUUGUUAAACAAUCACGUUUGUAAAAUUUGUAACAAUGCAACGAAAAAGGAAGCAAAAUUCUGAAAAUUCGUCUACUAAACACCGCAAUGGCGCUACAAAUCAUGCCCAGAAUCCGAAAUUGGAUGCUGGCGGAGACAAAAUAGCUCAGAAUGAGAGCGAAAAUGGUUUAAAUAGUUCAGAGCAAAAUGCACUGGAUAGUGAGGUAUCUUGCAGUACUGGCACACGUGGACUUGUGAAAUCUUUUUGCGGUGUUUCAUGUAUAGGAGUUUUAAAAGUAGUCAUUUUAGUGAUCAUUGUGCCGCCAUUUUUAAAUUAUGCAUCUUUGCAGAGAGAGAGUGCAAGUUUGCGCCCGCAUGGUGAACUACACGAUGGCCCACGCAGGAAUAAACUGUUCAUGAACUGCAGUGGGAAGGGACUGCCGGUGGUAAUGAUGGAUACACCAGGAGGGUAUUCGUCUGACGUGUGGUUGUUGGUGCAAGCUGAUGUAGCAAAGUUCACCAAAGUUUGUGUCUACGAUCGGGCAGGCCUGGGUUUUAGUGAGAGAGCCACACCACGUUUCCAUGACAACCAACAUGAGAACAUGUCUUCUGAUGUACCAGAUUUAAAAUAUGAGCAGCUGCGACCAACAACUGAGAACAUGGCUGCGGACAUUCACCAUUUACUUAAAAAUAUAUCCAAAAGUACCAAUGAUGUUCUCUUGGUUGGCGGUGGUUUGGGGGCUAUUAAUGCAAGGUUUUAUGCCAGUUUUUAUGAGAAUAUUUUUGGCAUAGUCCUUAUAAACCCGUUUCAUGAAAAUAUGUUUGCAGACAAAGAUUGGGAGAUGUUUUGGUAUGAACGUUUUCUUCCAUCUUUGCAAAUGCAACAAAUAUCGGCUGCGCUUGGAAUCACUCGUCUGGGCAUCAUAACCGGCCUUUAUAAAUCAAGCUUAUUGGAAGAAGGUCAUUUUGAUAGCGAGGUCCUAAUUAGAUUGAAGUAUUUAUCUUGUAAUUUGCAACAUUUAAGCGCAGGGAUUAUGGAACGUUACUACAUGAACGAGAGCUUGGCACAGCUAAAGAUUUUACAGAAACUGAAACCUUUUCCAAAGAACAUAAGCGUAAGCCUUAUAAGUAGCAAGAAUUUUAGUGACAGUUUGCCACAGUCUUUGAACCAGUUUUGGUUUAAGAAUCAAGAAUUGUUUGUCAGAGAGUUGUUUCCAAAAGGUUCACAAAUGAUUGUAGAUAGUGACUUUAAUGCAGUCUAUUUCAGGAAUGUAGAAAUUAUUGUUAAAGCAAUCAAGAAACUUGUUAAUAAGUUUAGAAAAUCUGUAAAACAAUCUGCAAAUAUAUAAUAUACAGUGGUGUAGCCAGCCCGACAAUUUAGUCUCACUAUGCAAAUUCAAAAUUAUUAUCAUAAAUUUCUUUAGAAAUUGAUUGUUUUCACAGUCAAUGAACACAAAAAUAUUUGCAUAGCGGGACGAAAUCAUCGGGCUGGCCACGCUGCUGAUAAUAUAUAGAUGUUAAAUAUAUGAUACAUAGUGUAAUGGUCACAUGAUUUAAUAUUUACAUUUCAGUGCAGUUUUAUAGAACUUUAGACUGUUGAUGGAGUAAACUCUGAAAUGUCAUUUUUCAUGCCUUGUACUAUUAAACAUACAAAAAUGUAUUAAUUGUUGAUGAAUUUUGAUUGUAAAGGGUUAAUUGGUAGGUUUCCAUGCUAUGAGGCCUCAGAUGAUUGUUAACUUGAA